AUGGACGACAACUCGACCGAUAUGGAAAUGAUGAAGAUGUUUCUUCAUUUCGGCGAACGUGAGAAGAUCCUCUUUUCGUGGUGGAAGACCGGAUCGGCGGCUGGUUUGAUCCUCUCGUUGGUCGUCGUUUUCAUGUUGUGCAUUUUCUACGAGGCGAUUAAGGGUUUCCGUUUCUUCAUCGCCAUCCAACACGAGCGACAAAAGAGAGACAUAUUACGAAAUCGUCCCGCUUCUCCAUCAGCUGAGCCCCGCGAUAACAUUUCCGAGCAUUCUAUCUCUUUCGCUCCACUUUUGCGCUUAAACGGAUCCACUCGUAACCUGUUCACCGCCUAUCGCGUCGUACAAGCACUUCUCUAUGGCGUCCAAGCGAUUCUCGCCUAUGUGCUCAUGUUGAUCGUCAUGACUUUCAAUGUUUGGCUCAUUUUGGCUGUGGUAAUCGGCGAAGCAGUCGGCUAUUUUCUCUUCACGGGCACUCCAUUGAUCGACGAGGGUUUGGGAGCUUGUUGC